UAAUGUAGAUGUAUUUAUUUAUCCAAAACAAAGAGUAAUUUAAUUUCAUGUGUUUUUAACUAAAUAAUGAUGAAUUAAAAUAACUGAUGUUACAGAAAGAAGACCUUUAGUUACAAUAUUAUAAAUUUUGCCUUUGUGAUCUAUGUCAUUCUACUCUAUAUUACAACUUGUGUAUCAAAUCUUUCACAUGUCAACUGUCAAACAACGAUCUUUCAUUGCUCUGUGAUAAAACAACAUAGAAAUUCAUCUAAUUGAUCACUGAUUACUUGAAUUGAAAUUGAUCAUCGAAACUGUAUCGUUUUAACCUUGUUAUUCGGGACAGAGUUGGUCGCUAUUGUCUUGUCCUAAUUCUUACAUAUUUGUGAUUACUUAUUGUUCACAAUAAGUUCAUUCAUCAUGCCUCCUUCAACUACUUGGCUACAAAAUGCUCGAAGUAAUUAUAUGUUUGCUAAAACUUUAACCGAAAAUUACCAAGACUCAGAGGAAGAACCUUACAGGUCUAAAUAUGCAGCCCGUACCAGAUUGAUGACUAUGCUGGAUGCAGUUGAUAGAUUUUUGGAAGAAGGUAAUUUGGAAAAUUACUCGCCGGUCCGUUUACUCAGUAUCUUAUUAAACUUGGAGAUUGGUGUGAUUGACCAGGAGACUGAAGAAUUGUCCACAGGUGAACAACAUUUGACCAAAGCAAAGGCUUUGUGUGAAGAAUGGUAUCCAGAUGAUAAUCUUGUCAUUGUGUUGCGAUUGAAUAUCUUGAAUCAAUUAUCUUACCUUUAUACUAUGCGAGCUGAUUACGAAAAAGCAUUAUCUAUUUUACAAGAAGCACAAGCUUAUUUCGAGAAAUGGACUACAUUCAAGUCUAAUAUUAAUGGAGAGGAAACUAAAAAAAUAAGAACUGUUAUUGAGUUUUUGGACUGUUUCGAGUACAACCUGAAUGAAAAGGUACAAGAUUCUAAUGGAGAGGUAAAUUUGGAUAAGACAUUCACACAAACUUUGUACUUCCUGGCUCAAGUUUAUGAAAAAAUGGGUGAUUCCGCUAAAUCAGCUGUAUAUUGUUACAGAACGUUGAAAAAACAGCUCAUUCUUAAUCAUUAUAAAACCUUAGAGUGGUGCAUAAAUACUGCUACAUUAUCUCAAUAUUUCGCUGGUAUCGACAAAUUUGGGAUUUCCAGUCAUCUUUUGAGAGUAGCAAAAGCCAUGAUGGACUCCAAGUUACCACCUAAAAAUGAUGACGAUGAAGAUUUAAAAAAAGGUCGUGCUGAUUUUCAACGAAUCAUGGUUAAAUAUUACCUCAUGCUGUUAGAUUGCUCAUCUCGUCAACACACUUCUGAAGAAUCUGAAAAAACUAAUGGACAAAAACCAUUACAAGAACAGGAGAAAGUAGAAGAAUACCGAUUGCUUGAAGAAGAUGAAUUAAAUCGAAUGAGCUGUUCCCCUAUCAUUGAUAAGCUGGUCGAAUUUGGAAAUUUUGACCAAGCCAAGGCGAUUUUUGUUGAAGCUCAGAAAUUACUCAAUCUAGCCAAAGAGUAUUAUACUUUAAAUGAGCAUGCAUCUGAUUAUGUCGAUUGCAUUCAAGAUCAUAGUAAAUUAUAUCGUCACUUAUCAUCUUUUGACUUUGAUGUUGAUCGUAAAUGUAAAAUGUACAAAAGAAGAGUCGAUAUGUUGGAAGAAAUAUUGAAAGAAAUUAAUCCUAAACACUUCAUGGCCCAAUGCCGACAAAUAUGGUUCGAAUUAGGAGAAGCGUACAAUGAAAUGUAUGAGAUGAAAGUCAGCAAAGAGAAGGACCAAGUUACAACAUCAGCAAAGAAGUUAAACUCUUUAUUGAAGAAAUCAACCGAGCAUUUCGUAGCAUUCAUUGAUUCAUUCCGUGAGAAUAAAAACGAACCAAUUCCACCAAAAGUUCCCGAUGAAAUGGUAAAACCACUGAUCAUAGCGUAUUUCGGAGCUGGUAGGAAUUACACAAAAAUUCUAACAGCUGAUAAAAAAGAUGUGAUAUCCAAUUGGAAUAAAUGUGAAGAGUUUUACAGUCAAGCUGUUAAAUACAUCGAUAAUAAUCCUGAUCAAAAAUCCCAGGCUCAAAUUGAAUUAGAUCUUAUUCAAGAAAUGAGAGAGCUCAUUCCGAAAAGAAUCAUGAUGAUCGCAGGAGCUAAUAUGAUGGCUUAAAGGAUUCCUAUUUAUUCAAAUUUUAUAUUGUUAGCCUUAAGUCUCCUAUUUUCUGCUUAAUCCUAUUAUCAUUUUAUCUAAUGAUUUUUUUCUUAAAGUGAAUUUUGUAUAAUUACAUUAUUGUAUCUAAUAAUCAUUAAUAAUUAAAUUCUUAACUUUUCUAAAGCUA